AUGGCAUUGCUGGAAGAUCCCACUAUUCAACGUAUUCUCGAUGAAGUGAAUAAAGCCGCAACGGGCGGUAUCUUCGGUAUGGCUGGAAACUAUAUUCCUGAACCAUCGAAAUCCGCAGCACAAAUGUCAGGCAUCAAAGCUGAUUUCUUCACCCAACAACAACAACAGCAACAGCAGCAACAACAACAACAACAACAACAUCAAGUCCCAAUCUUCUACCCAACAUCGGACAUGUUCAAUCUCCAUGGUCUGCCAAGUUUCGAUGGAAAUAUCGACAUGAACUCAAUGGAAUCGAUUGUACCGAUCGCGACUCCAAAUAAUUUCGAACUUUAUAAUUCAGAUUUAUACGACACGAUGGCUCACAGUAUGCUUUCACCGUAUGAAAAUUAUAAAAAUGGCCUAUUGAAUAUCAAUAAUAACAAUACAAAUACUGGCAUGCGUACAGCAUCAAGUGUCUCGUCAGUGAACAAUGAUUUGCUUAUAGAACAUCAUAGACAUCAAGAAUAUCCAACGAUUCCACCGAAAAUUACAGCAGCUAUUCCAAAUCUUGGUUUAAACUUACGAACAACGCCACCGGUCGAUACGAUGCCAGUCAAUGCAAGUGAAGUCGGAGACGAAGUUAUUCCAAAUGAGACAACAGACACAGCAACAAUGGAAUUAAUGGCUGAUAAAGAUGAUAAUGUGUCAAUUCCACCAAAUAAUAACGAAGAAAUGGAAUCACCACAUAUCUCAACAGCUGGCCGAAUUUUCUACGAUCCAAAUCCUCAAAUCAUUCAACGUAAAGGUUCAAAUUCAGUUACAUACAAACAAAACAUAAUCGUUCGCUUCCUACAACCACCACCAAUUCCAAAUGCUGGUCCACUCAUCAUCAAAGAAGUCAGCGGUCCUCAACAACCACCACUACCACCACUUGUGAUUAAACAACGUCCACCACCACCAAAAACCCCGCCACCAAUUAUCAUUCGUGAAAAACCACCUCCACUUCCUUCAACACUCUCAACCAAAGUUAUUACUCGUCAUUUACCACCUGAACCAGCUCCGCCACGUGCUGUUAUUAUUGAACGCUUACCACCUUUACCUCCGAAGCCACGCGACAUCAUCAUCGAACGUUGGUUACCAUAUGAAAUAGUCAAUCAAAAACGCAAAGUUAUUGUCGAACGUGUACGAAAAACUUCCAAAGAAUAUGUUCAGCCGAAAAACGUGAUCAUUACAUACGAACCAGUUCAUGCUAAAAUCGAACGACACUUUCAAAAACAAAAUGUUGUCCGAGAAGAUCCACAAUCAUAUGCCAGUCGUUUUGGUGAACAACUAUGCGAUGCCAAUUCAGUAGUUAAACAAGCUCGUGCUGCCGGCGUACUCGAAGAUCUAGAUCCACCUGUAUCAUUCUUGAAAUCAUCAACGAAUAGUGUUGCAACAGGCACAACGGACUAUGAAACUAUAAUGAAGAAAGCAGACGAACAAGAAGAAGAUCCACUCGAUGAAAACAACACACAACAAGAACACCAGGAAGUGGUUUCGACUGCGAUUGAUGUCGGUCAAGAAGAUGACGUAUUAGUUGAAGAAAAUGUUACGCCAUUUUAUAUGAAUUCAGGUAAGGAUUUGAUUGUUGAAGAUCGCGACGAAGCUAUUUUACGUUUAUUUCUAGGUGAAAAUCUUCAACAAACUUUCCAUCGUUUAGGUUUUGACAUUCCAGAGACAAUGAUGAAUGAACAUCAUUUUUGA